AUGUGCGAUGACUUCAAAGGUAAUUGGAGUGAUCACUUAUCCCUUAUCGAGUUCCCAUACAACAACAUUUAUCAGUCUAGGAUAGGUAUGGCACCUUAUGAGGCGUUGUAUGGAAUACCAUGUCGUACACCGUUGUGUUGGGCUGAGGUUAGUGAAAGAAGUGUCAUAGGACCUCAUAUGGUUCAAGAGACGACAGAGAAGAUAGGUAUUAUCCAAGACCGUUUGAGAACGGCACAAAGUCGACAGAAGAGUUAUGCAGAUGUAAGAAAAAGACCAUUGGAAUUCCAGAUUGGGGAGAAUGUGUUUCUAAGAGUUAGUCCUAGACCAGGCAUUAAACGGUUUGGGAAGAAAAGUAAAUUGGCGCCACGCUAUAUUGGGACAUUUGAAAUUCUUCAACGAAUUGGAGAAGUAGCAUAUCCACUAGCUCUACCAACAAAAUUUGCAGACAUACACAAUGUGUUUCAUGUAUCCAUGCUUUGUAAAUAUAAUGCUGAUCCGUCCCACAUCAUCGAAUGGCGAGACUUGCAACUGAACGACAAUGUUUCUUAUGAAGAAAAACCGUUGCGCGUAGUCGACUCAAAGGAACAAGUUCUUCGUAGUAAAACCAUCAAAACUGUAAAGGUGCUCUGGCAACAUCAUGGUUCUGAAGAGGCAACUUGGGAGCUGGAGUCUGAGAUACGAGACAAAUAUUUGUAA